AACGAUACUGCCAAAACCACAUAAAACAACACUUUAAUUUACUUUGAAUGAAUAUCAAUUCUCUCAUGAUAUUUACUAUAAAACUAGUAUGAAAGGGUCAAUGCGCAAGGAGAACGUGUAAUGAAAACAGUAAGAGAUUUCUUAUCAUUUUUGCUUUAAGCUUGUUCGAAUUAAAUAUCAAAAGUAUCAAAUAAUAAGAGAUACAUUUUAUAGAUAUUCAUACUUCAAGGAUUACUGGAGUACUUAAGUUUAGGCUUGGUUUCAGUUCUCUUCCAAGGGCUUGUCCUUCACCCGCAACUUGAAAACAAACGUAUUUUCACGUCUUGAGCUUCCAAAAUGCUUUGGCUAGACCAAUAUCGUCCCAAAACGCUUUCAUCUUUAGAUUACCACAAGCAAUUAUCCGAGAGGUUGAUUUCUCUAGCAGCUACAAAUGAAUUCCCACAUUUAUUAAUUUAUGGCCCCAGCGGAGCAGGAAAAAAGACUAGAACGGUUGCUAUUUUACGUGAAUUAUACGGUCCUGGAGCAGAAAAAUUAAAAAUUGAUCAGCGAACAUUCCUAACACCAAGUAACCGUAAAAUCCAAAUUAAUAUUGUUUCAAGUUUGCACCACAUAGAGAUCACACCUAGUGAUGUUGGAAACUAUGAUCGAGUUGUCAUGCAGGAGUUGUUGAAGGACAUUGCCCAAUCUGCACAAGUUGAUUUACAGGCUAAAAAGAGAUUUAAAGUGGUGAUCAUCAACGUAGCUGAUGAAUUGACAAGAGAUGCUCAAGCGGCUCUUCGUCGGACUAUGGAGAAAUAUUCGAAUAAUAUUCGACUUAUUCUUGUUGCCAAUUCAACUUCUAAAAUUAUUGAACCCAUUCGUUCUCGAACAUUAAUGGUCCGUGUUGCUGCACCUUCGGAGUCAGAUAUUAUUAAAGUCAUGUCUCAAAUCCUUGCUACUCAAGAAUUAGAAGCGCCGGCUUCUCUUCUCGAAAAAAUAGCUAAUAAUUGCAGUCGGAAUUUAAGAAAAGCCAUCUUAUUGUUAGAAACUAUACAUGCAAAGUCACCUCAUAAUCGUCAGUUAACAGAUAAUGGAUCUCAGCUACCAUUACCGGACUGGCAAACGUUUAUUAUCCAAAUGGGGACUUCCAUACUUCAAGAACAAUCGCCCGCUCGAAUCUUGGUGGUACGUUCCAUGUUAUAUGAUCUCCUUUCUCAUUGUAUUCCACCAACCAUCAUUUUCAAAGAACUGCUCGGCUUCUUUUUACUGAAAGUGGAUGCUAAAAUGCAUCCCCUUCUUAUCCAAUCCGUUGCAAAUUAUGAGCACCGGGCUCGAAUGGGUAACAAAUCCAUCUUUCACCUGGAGGCAUUCGUUGCAUAUUUUAUGAAAACCUAUACCAUGAUGCUUCUGGGAAUGGAACUUCCUUCUCUAUAAAGAAUUUCGUUUUUGCUAUAGAUAUAUUUUGUUACAGAGAAAACAUCAAUGUCAGUCAUUCUUUUAUGCUCAAAAUAGAAAAGUCAGUUUUAUGCUGCUUCUGCAGAUUCAUUACGAAAAAGAUAUUCCAUAUCUACUGUCAAAGAAAUGUAAGAAAAGAAAAAAUAGAAU